UCGCUGCCUGGCUUCUCAACAGCUGAUCGGAGCGACUAUGGCUGCAGCUCUCGCCGCCGCCGAGCCAGGAGUGACCGACGGGGCGGGCAGAGGCGACCGAGGGGACGGCAGCAACCACAGUGCAGACACCUUAGACAGGCUGCUGCCCACCAUUGUCGGAACCAAAUCCCCCCGGAAGCGAACCACCAGCCAGUCCAAAUCGGAGCCUCCCCUUCUACGUACCAGUAAAAGGACCAUCUACACCGCAGGCCGCCCCCCUUGGUACAACGAACAUGGCACACAGUCAAAAGAGGCAUUUGUUAUCG